AUGUUUCUUAUUCUUCUACUAAAGACAUUCUUAAUUGGCUUUAGCAUAGUUGGUCUGUCUGUUGGAUUUAUCGCCUUCCUCUACAAAUCCAUACACUUUAUAGAAGAAUACCCGGUUAGAGCAAAAGAAAGAAUCAAACUUUUAGUUUACGCUGUAUGGGGGAUGCACAUAAUUUUGCUUUUUAGAGAGUUCUCUUUCCUUCUUAUAGGAUUCUCUCUGGUGUGCCAGCUACUGUUCUACAAUUUAUUAGAGGACUACCCUAAUAUUGAGACUGCAGGCGCUGGGUUUAUUAGUGCUGUAGUAUUUGCAUUCAUCAACCACAUGUUUUUCCUUAGCUCAAUGCUUAAGAAUCGCUGUGGGCUGUUUGAAAUUUUCUUCUAUUUUUUCGUGAUUGUAUGGUCUGUGCCUAUCUCAUUCUUCCUAAGCUUAACAGCAAAUGAUGAGGUUAUUUCCAUAGCAGGAAGCAAGAAGCCAAUUAGAAGGACACUAGCAGGCAAAGUUAUAGAUGCUAUACUCUCCAGGCAUAAUGUCUGGGAGGAUAGAUAG